UACAAUGAAGGUAGCUAAACGUGAUAUGGUGAGGCAGGAUAGUGGGUACGGGAAUUACGGGGGUACCUAGGGAUGGAGGGAAGGAUGGGCCAGGGAGAAGAGGUGGUGGUCUUGAGGGAGGAGCGGAAACGAGACGGGCAGGGUGCUCGCUUAAUGUGGAGGGGAAGUUUGUUCCACUGCAAGGGGGCAAGUUGGGAAAAGGAGCGUAAACGGUGAUUGUGCACAAGGAGUGGGGGACGGUUAGGAGUAGUGGGAGAGAUUGAGAGCGGGGCGGGAGUGGACAUUAAACAAGACGAGGGAAGCGAGGUACGGUGGGCCAAGGCCAUGAAGAGAUUUAUAUAUUAUUUACUUUUCAGUGGUACGUUGGGGAAAUUGGUGGAAGAAUACGGUGCCGAAGUGGAGCUCAAAACAGCCGUGAGUAACACUGCAUCAUCAUAAUCAGCAGCAGGAUUGUUCUAUCCACUGCGAGAUGAAGGCCCCCCCCCCCCAAACAGUCGCCAUCUUUCACAGUCUCGCGACACUACAUUACGUUGCCGUUAUUUCCGACAAUAUUUUUUAGUUUUUGCUGCUCCCGCUUUUCUGUUGGCUUGACCGCCACCUCCCGCAGGUGCAGAUGGCGGCCGCAACUCCAGCGGUGCGGAACAUCCCCGGGAUAUCGUUGGACGACCUCGGCCUGCAGUUCGUCCCGCACAGAGAAGCCAUCCAGUGCAUGGUGACAGAGUGGCAGAAUCCCGGGCACUUCUACGUGCAGCAAUUGACCUCGGGAACGGAGACCGGCUUGCGGGAGCUGCUCGCCCUGUGCCAGGGCCCCGAUGGGGUCGGGGGCCCUCCUGCCCGGCCCGGCUACCGGCCCUGGAAGGGGGACGUGUGCGCCGCACUCUUCUCGCAGGACCAGGUGUGGUACCGUGUGGUGGUGUCGGAGGUUGACGAGGCCCGUGGGUGCAUCCUCGCCUACUUUCUGGACUAUGGCAGCUGGGAGGAGGUGGCCUUUGAGAACGUGCGCCCACCGCCAGAGGCGUUCCGCAAACACCCUCCCUACGUGAGUCACGCGGACCGACGGCCCUUGUUUAACCGGGGAGCCAGGGCCUAUUCGUGAAUUCGUUACACUAAACUAAACAUUUUUUUUAUUUC